CGGGGCCGUGGCGGCGGCGGCGGUGACUCUCCCAAGGUGACUGGAGCUGGGCCUGGUGGCGGCUCUGUGACCGCCCGCCCGUCCUCCCGCAGCACCGGGGGGGGCAGCUCCUCCUCCGUCGAUUUGUCCUUGGGGUACCCGGGCCCCGGGGCGAACGGCGCCGCCUUGCCCCGCCGCCUGCGGGAGGUGCCCGGGCGGGUAAAACACCAGUGCCAUCAUGAUUCUGCAUCAGAUUCUGCGACUUUCUUCCAUUUUUCGCUCUGCUGUUUCCGUUCACUUGCGCAGAAACAUAGGGCUUUCUGCUAUUGUCUUUAAUAAGACGAAAGAGCUCGAUCCCGUUCAGAAGCUCUUCGUGGACAAGAUCAGAGAAUACAACACAAAGAGCAAGCAAGCUGGAGGGCCUGUUGAUGCAGGCCCUGAAUUUCAGAAAGACUUGAAUGAAUCCCUUGCUAGACUUCAACGGGCGUAUGGUGAGGGAGAUCUAACCAAGUUUCCAGAAUUUAAAUUUGAGGAGCCCAAGUUUGAGGAGACUCCGAAGUGAUCUCUGCAGGUUGUACACCGAACAGCAGUGUACAUCAAUGGAGUUGCUGAACAUGGCACCAGUUGUAACUUAAUAAAGACAGCGUUGCAGUUUGAUUUCAAAA